AUGUCAAACCAUACAAACAGAUUUCAUAACCUUGUGGAACUAAAUGCCGAAAUUCGAGAUCAAGCCUUGAGCUGUAAUGUUUGUCAAUACAAUACUGAUAGACGGAGCAAUCAUACAAGACAUCUCAACUCUGAAUCACACCGGUUAAACGUAGCGAAUGCAAUCCUCUCAAAUGCAAACAACCCUAACGAGGUUCAAAAUGAAGCAAUGAAUACUGAUCCAUCUCCUGAGGUUCAAGAUGAGGCAGAUAACUCCAUGAAUAUUGAUUCACCUUCUGGAAGUCCAAUGAUGACAGACAUUGAUGUUGAACCUGAGCCUGAACCAGACAUAACUCCUGAGGAAGCUUUCGGAAGCUCCCAUGGUUUUGAGGAGGAUGACAGUGAAAUCGGACGUGACUUUGACCCCUUUGAAAACAUUUUAAAUGAUGAAGUACAGUUGGAUGGUGGUCCUGGUGUUAGUGAAUCUAUCAACCCCAAUACCAAUGAUGAUGAACCUCAAGUACCUGAUGAUCAAUUCGGCAAUACAAAGAUCAACUUUCUGGAUCCCACUGACACUGACUAUGAUUUCAAAGGCUACCCUACUCCCCAAGGUAUUUCUAGGUUUUACAAAUCUACCAAAAGCACUGUUCCGAUUCUUCCCCAUGCUGAAUAUUAUGUGAAAAGUCGUGAAGGUAUUCCUUAUACCACACCUAUUGAUCAUUCUAGUCGUGACGCUGCUGGUAAGCCGUACAAGCCUGAUCUGAUUAUCAACCAUGUUUCUGAACACCUGCGACUUCUCAUUGCCAAUCCAAUCAUGUCCCCCUAUUUAUCUGAUCUUCCUGAUUAUACGAGUAACCAACGUAUAAAGCUUGGUCAAGGUAAAAAGUGGAUUGAGGAUAAAUUGUUUCAGCCUCCCAUGAUAAUUGCUGGUAAUGAUAACAACCCUCGGCAAUUGUGGGUGUCGGAUAGAAUCUCUCGUCUGUCUGAUAUCAAUGUUCCUGUUCAACAGCGUCCCUACUUCAAGGUAUUCAAGUUCUUCCAAGAAUCCAACAUUGUCAAGGCGUUCCUUUUCCCGGUAAUAACCAAGAUGAAUGAUUCCAUGUACUAUCUCUCCGAAAAGGUUGUCUCAUGUGAUGUAUCACAGCUCAAUCUUGAUGAUGUUUGCCGUUUAGAAGUGGAAGAUUACCAGGCCUAUACCAGUGUCAUGCAAAAUUCGACUCCUGAACGUUUAAUCAUCUGUAACCCGAGCUAUACUAUUGAUAACACUAAUUUGAUUCGUGAUCAUUAUAACAUGAUUAAAGCUGCCAACGACCACAAGCACCCAUUGCCUGUUAACUCCAACUUUGUCAACAACGUCCUUAACCCGUCUAUUCCCAAGAACUUUCAGGUUGUUAGAGUUGUUCCUUAUAACUUGUUUUCUGAUGACACUAGUGGUAAUUCAACCUCAAAAUGGAAUUGCUUCGAUACUUGGUCAAUGAAUCCUGCUGCUGUCCCCCUAAGUAUUGCCAAUCAUUACUUGAACCAAUUGCUUUUAUGUGGGUCUAACAAACUCAGUGCCAUGGAGCAGUUGCCUUCCCUUGUUGAAAGUGCUUCUGGUGCCGCCAUGCCAAUAAUUACGAUUCAAAAUAUAAGGACCACUCCUGAAGAAUAUGUGUCAGCUCCAAGGGAAAAACGGCAUUGGGAAAGUUUAUUUAUUACAAGCAACUUACCUAUUCCUGAUUUUUCGAUCCGGGUUCGUGAUAGACAGGGUAACUUUAUUUUUGUUGAUGAUCUGAUGACUCUUGGUUUCAAAGAUUCUAAUGGUAAGGGCUUGUUGGGUCUGUCCUCUUGGGAUCCAAGUAAAGAUACGCCAGUUGAAAUAUUGCAUGGAUUAUGUCUGGGCUUGAUCAAGUACACCUUCAACAAGGCUGCCGAUUGUUUUAUUAACAAAACCCAAGUCGAUGUUAUCAGUUCUCUAUGUCGUACUUACGGUUCAAAGGCUUUCACUAACUUGUCCACUCAUCUGAAGGGUUACAAAAGCUACCUUGGAGGAGAUUUCAAGCUUAUGGUCCAGAUGAUUCCAAUUGUACUGAGACUUGCUAAGGAUGACCGGGCAUUCUUGACUUUUCGUAACGAUCCCCACCACAGGCUGAAUAACAUCAUCGAUACUUUCGAUAAGCUUGGUGAGCUUUGUUCUCUAUCCUAUAUGUCGGAAAUUCAUACCAACUUUGACAAAUUUGUUGAGAUGCUUCGAAAGGCUGCCAAUGAUACAAUCGUUGCUUUGGAUAACCUUGAUCAUACGGCAAUUCCAAGUAGCAGGCGUUCUCGUCGCGGUCGUAGAGACAAUCAAGCUUCUACAACUGAAAAUGUAGAUGAGCCAUCGGUGAUGUUUGGUGAUGUUGUGCCUCCUGAAGAAGGUGAAGAUUCUGACGAUGAAGACGUAACUUCUGCUGCUGCUACUGGUGCUGCUGCUACUGGUGCGCGUGCUGGUGUUCGUUCUCGUGCUGGUGCUAGUUCUGGUGAACAGCUUAAUGGUGCUUCCAUUCCAUACGCCAAGACAGGUGGUCCUCUGUGCAAUCGUUUGAAAACACACUUGAUCAUUCACUUGGUGGAGGAUUGUAUUCGUUUUGCUUCUCCUGUGCUUUUGGCUACUGAAAAGAAUGAACAGUUUAACAAGUACAUUCGGGCAAUAAUCAUGAAAACGAACAAGCAAAACCCCUCUCGUGACUUGGCCCUGAUCAAUGGUCGUGAGCUGUCUUUGAGGAAUGUCGCGAUGGGUUGUUACUGGGACAAUGAUGCCAAGACUUGUGGUUCCAAGGUUGUGCUGAAACGCGGUGAUCUCGUCGAACUGGAGGUUUAUACACUUGUUGAAAAACCAGUGCAAGUGCUUUCGGACAACGCAAGCAUCUUCACAAACUACCAGGUGGACGAUGGUGGCAAUCUUCUCGCGGUCAAAUUGGACGAAACUCUAAGUACGCUGGUGUUCAAGCUGGCUGUUGUUGAACUAUUGGACAUGUCGCAUUCAACUGUGAUAAAUGAUGUUCAAUACUCAAUAAUUAACAAGUGUAAGUUUGGUACUCUUUGGUGGUUCCAUAAUACGGACAGACAUUUCGAAAUGUUGAAAAACGAUUCUCAAGAUUAA